AUGGAGAAGGCCUACUGGUGUAAAUAUUCGAAACCUUCAAGCAAUAACACCUCGUGGCCACUUGCUGAUGGAUGGGAGGAUGGUUCAAGCAGCGAAGUAUUCACAUUAGACAUGCUAGAAGAACAUCACUUGGGUAAUUCGUUUGGUCAGCAAGAAACAGCCGCCAUAACAUUUCAUAAUCUCUCAGAAGCUGAAAAAAGUGUGAUGGAGGGUUACCUAGGUCUGAAACAAGGGCCUACUGCCUCGCAGGUCCUCCAAAGGAAUCCAAAGGUCAAGUCACUCUUUGAUCAACUUGGCUUUGGACCACAAGCAAGAGAAGUAGCUACUGUAGCCCUCAUGAACAUCUCUGCAAAGUAUAGUCCUCGUUGCUUCACGACUUCACUGACGAAGAUAUGGAAGUUCCCUAGCAUCUCCUUAUCUAAGAUAGUGCAAUCUCAAACAAGCAUCAGCAGUUUCAGGAAUAAAUGCGAGGUUACAAUCGGCUACGUCCAGAUAAACUUGAAAGUGGGGCCAAUCCGGUCGCUUACUAAAUUUUAUGAGGCGCGGGGUUUUCACCGACCCCUAAGUCCGAGGCAUGACAAUGUAGACGUAGCUUACCAUGCUUUACUCGAGAGACCAUGGCUUAAUAAGCACAAGCUUGUAGUCUCCACCUACCACCAAUGCGUGAAAGGAAGGAUUGGGAUGAGGCCAAUUCGUGCUGGAAGCAACCCAUCCAAGACCUUUGGAACAUAUCUACCUUCCUCGAUUGAAAUUCGUGACCUUAGCAAUGACGAACUUAUAACAAUUGUUGAUAGAGAAAGGAAGAUGCACUCGGAGCUCAACAACCUUGCCUACGCCUAA